GUAAGAUGGCACCUAACUAGCUAGCACAGUCUUGAAAGUUGAAACCACGAUCUGACUGAGAGUGUUCUCUUCUCUUCUCUUGUCUUGUCUUGAAUGAAUGGCUUAAGAUCAGAGACAGGGAGAGAAAAUGGACGUGGAGAGAUCUUCGCUGUGCAAUUGCGUGGUGAACUUUCUGUUGGAAGAGAACUACCUUCUCACCGCAUUCGAGCUUCUUCACGAACUUCUCGACGAUGGCCGCGACGACCAGGCCAUUCGCCUCAAACAGUUCUUCUCCGAUCCCAAUCUCUUCCCUCCCGAUCUCAUCUCUCGCCUCAACUCUCUCCGAGUGGCUGAUCCUCAAACUUUGCUGGAAGAGAAAGAAGCAGCAGAAGAAAAGUUAGCUAUUAGUGAUUAUGAAUUGCGUUUGGCUCAAGAAGAUAUCUCAAAACUCAAGAGUGAAUUGCAGAAGAAAGCAGAAAAUCAUAAUGAACUAAAGGCUGAAAAGAUAAGUGGAGAUGUUUCAGUGAAUGAUGGGCAGCAAAUUCAGCAAAAGAAGAAUUCUUCCUUCACCGAUUUGGGUCCAUUAAAAGAAACAGAACGUCGAGAUCUUAAUUGUGCUGUAAAGGAAUAUUUGCUUAUAGCUGGCUAUCGUCUUACUGCAAUGACAUUUUAUGAAGAGGUUACAGACCAGAACUUGGACAGUUGGCACAACACACCUGCAUCUGUACCUGAUGCCUUACGUCAUUAUUAUUAUCAAUAUCUUUCAUCAACUUCAGAGGCUGCUGAGGAAAAAUUUUCCCUACUUAGAGAAAAUGAAACUUUGCUGAAUGCAAAUAAGAGGCUGAAUCAAGAAAAGGAGAACUUGUUGAAGAACAAAGACAUGGCGGAUGCUCAAAUAGUCACAUUAACUAAGUCCUUGGAUGCAAUGCAGAAAGAUCUUAAAGACAAAGAAAACCUGGUGCAAGUUUUGAAGCAAUCCUUGGAGCACCAAAGAAAGGAACUCAAUGAUUGCAGAGCUGAGAUCACUUCCCUGAAAGUGCAUAUUGAAGGGUCUCACUUGGGAAAUAAUCUGGUUAUCAGUGAUGUUAAUAAUGUUCAAUCUGAAUCUCUUGAAAAAUAUAAGGAAGAAAUGAAGAAAUUGCAGAUGGAAAAUGAAUGGUUGAAGGAAAAGAAUAUAAGAUCUCCUGAACCUGGAAAUUUUGUUGGUUCUGAAAAGGAAAAUUUGCAGAUAAAUGAUAAAGUGAUUGAGAUUCAUGAAGACCAAGGUGCAAUCUCUGACCCUAUUGAUGUGGCUUUGGGUGCUGUACACAAUGAAGAUGCUCAAUCACCAGUUGUUCAAACUCUUGCUCAGUAUGCUGAUAAACAUGAGGAUACAUUGCCUGAGUUAUUUAAUCCUGCAAAUACAAAUAAUGCUUUUAAAAAUAUAAAAAAUGUCUCUGAACAAAAUGUUGGGCAACAAGCAGAGGAUAGCAGCUUGCUUGUAAAAUCAGACAGUGUGAAUGAUGGAGCAAUAUCUGAGAGGACGGGGUUAGGAACCAUUCAGAUACUUGCAGAUGCUUUGCCUAAAAUUGUUCCCUAUGUCUUGAUCAACCAUCGAGAGGAGCUCCUUCCCUUAAUAAUGUGUGCAAUCGAGCGCCACCCAGAUAGCAGCACUCGAGAUUCUUUGACCCACACAUUGUUUAAUUUAAUAAAGCGACCUGAUGAACAACAAAGACGAAUAAUAAUGGAUGCAUGUGUGAACCUUGCAAAGAAUGUUGGAGAGAUGAGAACAGAAACAGAAUUGCUUCCUCAGUGUUGGGAACAAAUCAGUCACAUGUACGAGGAGCGUAGACUGCUUGUUGCUCAAUCAUGUGGAGAGCUUGCAGAUUUUGUACGGCUGGAGAUUCGCAAUUCUCUUAUUUUGUCUAUUGUGCAGCAACUAAUAGAAGAUUCUGCCAGUGUUGUUCGAGAGGCUGCUGCCCGUAAUCUGGCCAUGCUUCUUCCACUUUUCCCGAACAUGGAUAAAUAUUUCAAGGUGGAGGAUAUGAUGUUCCAAUUGGUAUGUGACCCAUCAGGAGUGGUGGUGGAAACUACUCUCAAGGAAUUGGUUCCAGCAGUUAUUAAGUGGGGGAACAAAUUAGAUCAUGUUUUGAGAGUUUUGCUUUCUCAUAUUGUAAACUCUGCCCUGCGUUGUCCACCUCUUUCUGGGGUUGAAGGAUCCAUUGAGUCAAAUCUCCGUGUCUUGGGUGAAAGAGAGCGCUGGAAUAUAGAUAUUCUGUUGAGAAUGCUGGCAGAAUUGCUUUCUUGGGUGCACCAGAAAGUAAUUGAGACAUGCCCCUUUUCAUCCACCACAGAAACUACCCAAGCUGUGUUAUCUACGGCUUUGCUUGAAUUGUAUGCUAGGGGGCAAGUUGAAUGGGGUGCCUUUGAAUGGAUGCAUGUUGAGUGCUUUCCUAAUUUGAUACAGCUGGCUUGUUUGUUACCUCAGAAAGAAGAUAACUUACGAAGUCGAAUUUCAAAGUUUUUGUUAUCUGUUUCUGAAAGUUUUGGGGAUUCCUACGUGACAUGCAUAAUGCUUCCAGUAUUUUUAAUAGCAGUUGGGGAUGAUGCCGAUCUGACAUUUUUUCCUACUUCCAUCCAUUCAAGAAUUAAAGGUAAUCAAUUCUUCAAUAUUUCUGUGAUUUUUUCACAUAAUUACUUUGUAUUUGACUUUUCACUUAUAGGUUUGAGACCAAGGUCUGCUGUUGCUGAUAGGCUCUCUACAAUGUGUGUCCUUCCGCUUCUAUUGGCUGGGGUUUUGAGUGCUCCUGGAAAACAUGAACAAUUAGCAGAAUAUUUGAGGAAGCUGCUACUAGAAGAAAAUUCGAUGCAGAAUCAAUCAACCAAGCACACUCCUGAGAUUAUUAAUGCUAUCCGCUUCAUUUGCAUAUAUGAAGAAAACCAUGGUAUGAUAUUUAAUAUACUAUGGGAAAUGGUUGUCAGCUCUAAUGCGAGCAUGAAAAUAAAUGCUGCUAAGUUGCUGAAAGUUAUUGUGCCACACAUUGAUGCAAAGGUUGCUUCAACUCAUGUUUUGCCUGCCCUUGUUACUCUUGGAUCUGACCAAAACCUGACUGUAAAGUAUGGUAGCAUAGAUGCAUUUGGUGCUGUGGCUCAACACUUCAAAAAUGAGAUGAUUGUUGACAAGAUACGUGUUCAAAUGGAUGCUUUUCUUGAAGAUGGUUCCCAUGAAGCUACUAUUGCUGUUAUUCGUGCAUUGGUGGUUGCGGUACCACAUACGACAGAAAGACUUAGAGAAUAUCUUUUGUCCAAGAUUUCCCAACUUACAGCUAUGCCAAAUUCAUCAAGUGAUUUGAUGCGUCGACGAGAACGAGCCAAUGCAUUUUGUGAGGCAAUCCGUGCUCUGGAUGCUACAGAUCUUCCUGCAAAUAGCGUUCGGGACUUGUUCCUGCCUGCUAUACAGAAUCUCUUGAAAGACUUGGAUGCAUUGGAUCCAGCACACAAAGAAGCCCUUGAAAUUAUUAUGAAGGAAAGAUCAGGAGGAACUUUUGAGUCUUUUAGUAAGGUGAUGGGUGCUCAUAUUGGCCUUCCAUCAUCAGUGACCAGCUUCUUUGGUGAGAGUGGAUUGCUUGGAAAGAAAGAAACCACAGAGCCACCAUCAGAAGCAACAGUGUCUCCCAAAGCUGCUGCACCAUCACCAGCAGAAGACACAAGAUUCAAGCGCAUCAUGCUGGGAAAUUUUAGCGAGAUGCUUCGUGGCAAGGCAAAAGCCCCAGAGGAAGGUCAGAACCAAUAAGAUGCAUUUCUGCAUGGUAAGAUUUUGCUCGUUCAGAUACAUCUGGUGAAGGUCAUUGUUGUGUCGCAUAUUUACAACAACGAAGACUUGUCCAAUAGGUGAGAUUGGCCACUGUUGUUUCCCAAAUAUUAUAGACAUUUUUUUUUUAAAUCAUUAGUGAUUUUUCAUAGAUAGAAGAGGAAAGUAUAGAUAAAUAUUUCAUUGUAGUUUUGUCGUAUUUUUGGCGUGUAUGAUCUAUUAUCAGGCCUUGUGUCGGGGACAGGAGAGAUUUGAAUGAGGAGCACGGUAGAAUCUGUUAAUUGUAAAAUGAUUUAUCGUAUGCCCUGCAUUUGGUGCUGUAUUGACUUUUAUGGAUCGGGAUAUUUUAGGACUUAAGAACACA